AUGGUGGAGUUUGCCAAUGCUGAGAAACGGUGGAGGACUCAGAUUGCCGAGGGCAAGGUGAAGUCACUGUCUGCGAAGGAAGCGGGGUACACUUACCAGCUGUCCGACUACGUACUGCUUGACGUGCGACCAUCGUAUCAGCACAACAAGGCUUGGGUAAAGGGCUCCCUGUGGAUUCCUGCCUUCGACGUCGACAACAGUGCCAGCCCAGGGGUCUUGUCCCAGAAAGUGAUGACCUUCAUGAUGGGAGGAUGGUGGUCUGGAGCGUCAGUAAACAAGAGAAACGAGCGAUUCAUGGCUGACGUUGUGGCUAAAAUUCCCAAGAGUGCCAACAUUAUUGUUGCGUGCCAGAAGGGUUUGCGAUCUCUUGCAGCAUGUGAGCACCUUUACAAGGCUGGCUACAGAAAUAUCUAUUGGCUAACUGGUGGCUUCGACACUGCCAGUGACGAGGACUUCGAGCGGGAGGGUCCUGUUCCCCUUCAGUUGGCGGGCAUUGGAGGCAUGUCUGAGUUCAUUGGUUGGACUGAUCCUCAACGCCGCCUUGCCAAAACUGAGGGAUGGCAGUACCGUGCCACCUUUUUCGGCCGACUGCUUGUGGUGUUUUUGGCUGCGGACCUUGCUCUUAUUGGGUUGCAGCAACUCAGCUCUUUUUUCCGUGAGCUUGGCCAAUAA